CAAAUACUCACGGGUGGCGUGAACGCUCCCGAGCGAAAGCACCAGUUAUCCUCCAACGUGCUUCUUCCCAACUGCCGAAGCAAAAUCGACCUCUCCACCAUCAGACUCUCGUCUCCCCGCGAUCUGAGUCAGAAAAUAUCUCCCUCGAUUUUCAAGCAGAAUCGAGUCGAGAAUCAGGACUUGAGGUCCAGUCUUUUUCAAGCUUCUUCAUGUUCCUCUUUAUCAAGCUGUCAAUUACUUGCGUUCACAGUAUUGUUCUGUUCAAAUUCAACAUAUCUUCAACAGAUUUUUGCUAGAGGGGAUUGUGCCAGCUUUCUUCUGUCAUGCUAUUAUGCUGCUGGUGGAUUCCAAUCAAACUGAAGGGUGUAGUAGUAUGCUGGAAAGCAUCUGCAGUUGGUUCUGAAAAAAAUUAUGUUAAUUGUACAGUAAAUGCUACAUAUCAUAUCAGACACAUUUGAAAUCAUUAAUUUUUCAAGUGGUCAUCGUAGUUGGAAAGAGUUUUAUUUCCAUUUUUUCCCUUCUAACUCUGGCGAAGUUGGCUAGCAGAUCAGGCAAAAUGUGGCCAGUUAACCUGUUUGUUGGGCAGACACUGCUUUACAGUUGGACAAUCUGUAGUGCAAGUUUAUUUGUGCUUGUUGCACUUGUGAUAUCUAUGCAUCUCAUCGUUGAGCAUUUAUCAGCUUACAAUCAACCUGAGGAGCAGAAAUUCUUAAUUGGGCUCAUUCUGAUGGUUCCUGUUUAUGCAUUGGAAUCGUUUUUAUCACUAUUGCAUUCAAGUGCCGCAUUCAACUAUGAAGUAGUCCGGGACUGCUAUGAAGCAUUUGCUUUGUAUUGCUUUGAGAGAUAUCUGAUUGCUUGCUUAGGUGGUGAGGAAAAAACAAUUGAAUUCAUGGAAAGUCAAAGCCUAGUUACUUCCAGCAUACCUCUACUGGAAGAAGCUUACACAUCUGGAGUUGUAGAACAUCCUUUCCCACUGAAUUGUUUGCUAAGGGACUGGCAUCUUGGUUCUGACUUCUAUCACGCUGUCAAAAUUGGCAUUGUUCAGUAUAUGAUAUUGAAGAUGAUCUGUGCUCUGCUUGCAAUGAUCUUUGAAUUCUUUGGAAUUUAUGGUGAAGGAAAAUUUGAGUGGAGAUACGCAUAUCCAUACUUGGCAGUUGUUCUUAAUUUUAGUCAGACAUGGGCCUUAUAUUGCCUUGUGCAGUUCUAUUCUGUCAUCAAAAGAAUCGCCGUUGCAUUUCUUUUUUCAAUGGGAGCCUUUAAGGGGGCACUGGCACAGGAGUUGAAAACACGGAUACAAGAUUAUAUCAUCUGUAUUGAGAUGGGUGUUGCUGCAGUGGUCCACCUUUAUGUCUUUCCAGCCGUACCAUAUAAGCGUGGAGAAAGAUGUGUGCGUAAUGUGGCCGUAAUGACUGACUAUGCAUCCUUGGGAGCACCACCAGAUCCGGAGGAGGUUCAAGACUGUGAAAGAUCUACAAUAAUACGCCAUUCUCGUCCUGAUGAAAGAGAGAAGCGUCUGAAUUUUCCCCAGAGCGUUUGUGAUGUUGUUGUUGGAAGUGGUGGAAUAAUUGUAGAUGAUAUGAGGUUCACAGUCUCACAUGUUGUGGAGCCAGUUGAAAGGGGAAUUUCAAAAAUAAACAAAACGUUUAAUGAGAUAUCUGAAAACCUCAAACGUCUUGAAGAGCAGAGAAAGAACUCUAAGGAUGAUAGUUAUCUUAUCCCCCUGAACUCAUGGAAAAAGGAGUUCCCUGAAAUGCAGGAUAGCACCGCUGAAGGGAGUGUUAGUGACAGUGGUUUGCUUGAGGUGAAGAGACCAAAUUACCAAUUCAAGGCAACAGGAUCUCAGUUUAGAUGACCGUCACCUUUGUUCAUUGCAGGACAGGAAUUCCCAUUUAACUUCUGACAAAUAAAUAAGUACAUGAAUUAUGAAAUGUGCUCGAUUGCUUACUACUGGGAAGAAAAGAUUUUCUUCUGCACAGCCAGGGUGCUACAGGAGCAGGUACUGAUUUUGGCUUAAUACCUCUCUGGACACCUUAAUUGUAACUCCCUGAAAUAUUACAUGUAGCAGACAGAUCUUAGUAAUGUACAUUCAUUGCACAGAAAUUCUCAAAUUGUGCUCGUCUUCAGAGUAGGUUUCAAUUGAGAUCUCUUUACAUGUUCUCAAAUCUGUUGUUUAUCUUAUGAAAAGCUACCUAUGUCUACUUGCCACCCCCCUCUU